UUAAUCCAUGGCCUAAUCAUUUGGAUAUACAAUGUUAGGACAAACAAUUUUGUCGCUUUACAGUGAAAUUUUCUAAAAAAUUGCCAUACAGUGUGCGACGACACCAACAUUCAGCGUGAAUACAAUCCGGAUUUGUGUAGUGCAUCACAGCAUCACACCAGCACCACUCGGAGAAGGCGGCUCUGUUUUCUGUAGGUAGUAGAUUGUGCUCCAUCGUGGGUGGAGCUUGUUGUGAUGUCAAGCAACAAGGUCAUUUUCGUAACCGGAUUUGGUCCAUUCGCUGGCCAUGAAGAGCGCAAUGCCAGCUGGGAAGCUGUGAAGUUACUACCCGACACGUACCAGUUCAAAAAUGUUCAAUACCCAAUAAAAAAGUUACAAGUGCCAGUAACCUACGAUGCGGUGGAUGCCGUGGUACCCCGAAUCUGGAACGAAAAUCCUACGUUAGUAAUUCACGUUGGUGUUCACGGCCGCAUCGAGACCAUUAAUCUGGAGAAGUGUGCUUACUCAUCGGGCUACUGUCGGCCGGAUUUUGCGAACAAAUGUUUGCCUUGCGAUAAGGUAUCGCUUAAAAAUAGCGACAGCGACAAGUGCGCUGUUCUGGAAACAAACCUUGACGUGGAAUCCAUCGCCGGUGAGUUAAGCCUCGGCGGUGAUGCCCGAUGCUGUUGUUCAACAGAAGUAGGCAGCUAUCUGUGCGGAUAUAUCUACCUCAAAUCUUUGGACGUCAACAGGGAUCGGACCCUGUUCGUUCACGUACCGGACAUCGGCAGGCCCUAUAGUUCCGAACAGACCAAACAGGUUCUUUAUCGUGUGUUGGACCGGUGCAUGAAACAGCUAGAUGCUAAGCAUAAGCUGUAGAAUAAUUUGGCUCGAUCGGAAUUGACACUUUACCGCGAUAUUGAUUGAUUGAUUGCAAUU